AUGGAUUUUAAUAGUUUAACAUUAACGUCCUUUGGUUCAAAGAAGAGUGAUCUUACACAGACAAAAUGUAGUCCAAUACCAAAAUUACCUAAAAUUGUACUGAGAAAUUCAAUGGGUUAUCCAUUAAAGACAAAUACAUCAUUUCAACGUGCUAUAUACGAUGCAAAAAAUAAACUUUUAGAACCUAAUAGACGUUUAACGGAACUUGAAUGGCGUCUACCACAUGCUCCAUGCCCAUCGAGACCCGAUUAUUCACGAUCACUUGAAUAUGAUGAUUUUCGAUCACUGAAACGAAGUCCAAAACCAAUGGAUAAUAAUAAAAUUGAACAUUGGGAUAUGUCAUUUUGGAAUUAUCUACUACCCGAUUUAAGAUUAGAUCGUAGUACUGUGGAUUUGGAAACUCUGGAAAAAUAUUAUAAAACAAAAGAAGUUGUUCCACAUCCAGAAUUUAUUGAUGCCUUUAAUUUUCGUUCUUUGAAAAAUGUUCAAAAUCUCGUUCUACCUAUUGUAUCAUCAAGAUUUUCUAUUGACAAAUUGAUUCCAGGCUUAAAAGAUAUGGACUACAGACAAAAAAUGCUUCUUACGCAAGUAUUAUCAACAUUGUUAACCGAUGGUUUUGCUUCACUGGAAGAUUUACCGGCUAAUGUACGAAAUGAUGUUUUACUCAAAUUGGCUGAAUUAGCUAGUGAAGGAAAAUUGUCAGCAGAAAUGCAAGAAAAAUUAUUUGCCGAAUUAGCCCAAAAUUUAGCAUCAUUACCACCAGAAUUAAGAGCAAAAAUUACUGAACAAUUAAUUAAAUCUAUGGAUAGUUUACCACCAGAAGUACGUGAACAAGUAAUACAACAAUUGUUAAGUACCAUUGAUACAUUACCAGAAGAAGAACGACAAAAAGUAUUACAUGAUUUAGUUAAAAAUUUAGCAUCAAUGCCUGAAGAAGCACGUCAUCAAUUAAUUAAUAAACUUAUGGAAAAUAUGAAUGAUUUAGAACCUGAAUCACGUAUAAGAUUAUUACAAGAAUUAUUACGUGAUGCUGAUGGAUUAACGCCAGCUAUGAGAGAUAAUAUUCUUCAAAAUCUUCUUGAUAGUUUAGAUACAUUACCACCAGAAGAGAGAGAACGUGUUUUAGCAGAAUUAACUAAAAAUUUAGCUAAUUUACCACCAAGUAUUCGUCAACAACUUAUCGAUAAAUUAUUAGAAAAAUCUGAAGAAUUACCACCAGAAAUUCGUGAUCAAAUGUAUGCUGAAUUAUUAAAAAAUGUCACUGAUAUGCCAGAUGAAAUGAAACGAAAACUUGUUGUAGAAUUAUUAAAAAAUGUUGAUAAUAUGCCAACAAGUAUUCGACAACAAGUGAUGAAGGAAAUAUUAAAUAAUUUAGAAUUAAUUGAUGGUACAAUGCAUGGACAAGUUCUUCAAGAUUUUCUAAAAUCAUUAGCUGAUUUACCAGAAGAUGAACGAGAUGAAUUAAUGAAAAAAAUAAUUGAAAAAACAGCAACAUUAGAUGAUCCAGAAAUAAAACGACAAUUAUUAGAAGAAAUAUUAAAAAAUCCUGAAAAUUUAUCAGCAAGUGCAUUACAAGAAUUAGUAAAAAAUGUUGGUGAACUUCCACCAGAUUUACAAAAAAAACUUUAUCAAGAAUUAUUGAAUAAAAAAGAUGAUUUAUCACCAUCUGUUUUAGAAGAAAUAAUUCGUAAUAGUGCCAAUGUUCCACAAGAAGUACUUAUGGAAUUAUUAAAAUCUGUUGAUAAAUUAGCACCAUCAACAUUAGCUGAAUUAGCCAAACAUUUAAAUGUUUUACCAGAUGAAGUACGAUCAAAAUUAUUUUCUGAAAUGAUGAUGUCUAUGGAUAAUCUUGAUGAUGAACAAAAAGCCGCAUUAUUAGGUGAAUUAUUAAAAAAUCAAAAUAAUUUAAAUGAACAACAAAUGGCACAAUUAAUGAAAAAUUUAGAUCAACUUGAUCCAGCAUUAAAAGAAAAAGUUUUACAAAAUCUUUUAGAUAAUGUAGAUACUUUACCACCAUCAGUUAAAGAAAAAUUAUUAAAUGAUUUAUUAAAUAAUCAAACAGAUAUGGAUCAAGAAACACGUGUUAAAUUAUUAACAAAAUUAUUAGAAAAUCCAGGAAAUUUAACAGAAGCUGAAAGAGAAAAAGUUUAUAAUGAAUUAAUGAAAGAAAUUGAAAAUGUUAAAGAUCCAGAAUUAAAAAAGAAAAUGAUUAAUGACAUGAUUCAAAAUUUAAAAGAUAUACCACCAGAAGCUGUUCAACAAUUAUUAUCAAAUAUUAACGAUUUACCACCUGGUCAACAAAAAGAAUUACUUAAACAAAUAUUAGAAAAAUUUGAUCAAUUACCUCCAGAAAUGAAAGAAAAACUUGUCGAUGAUUUAUUAAAAUCUGCUGCUGGUUUACCACCCGAUGUUCAAACACAAAUAAUCAAUGAUUUAUUAAAAGAAAUGAAAGAUUUACCGAUUGAAGAACGUACAAAAUUGAUGCAAAAAGUACUUGAUAAUCCAAAUUUGGAUCCAACUGUACGUGCUAAAUUAAUGGAAGAAAUGCUCAAGACAAUGAGUGAUUUACCACCCGAAGAGAGACAAAAAUUAAUUGAAUUAAUGUUAGAAAAUAGUGAUAAUUUAGAUCCAAAAACAAAAGCAAAAUUAAUGGAAGAAAUGUUAAAAACAAUGAGUGAUUUACCACCAGAAGAAAGACAAAAAUUAUUAGAAAAAAUGUUAGAAAAUAAUGGAGAAAAUAUGGAUCCAAAAAUAAAAGCAAAAUUAAUGGAUGAAAUGUUAAAACUUGAUUUACCACCAGAAGAAAGACAAAAAUUAUUAGAAAAAAUGUUAGAAAAUAGUGCUAAUAUUGAUCCAAAAUUAAAAGAAAAAUUAAUGAAUGAAAUGGUUAAAAAUCUUAAUGAAUUACCACCUGAACAACGUGAAAAAUUUCUUGCAUCACUCGUUAGUGAUCCAGAUAAAAAACAUUUAUUAAAAGAAUUAAUAAAUAAUGGACAAUUAAAUGCUGAUAUGAAAACACAAUUAUUAAAAGAAAUAACAAAAAAUUUAGAUACAAAUCCUCUUAAUACAUCGACAUUAGUCGAUUUAUUAAAACAAUCAAAAGAAUUACCACCUGAUGUUAUUGAAAAAGUAUUAAAAAGUGUUGAAAAUAUGUCAGCAAAAGAAUUAAAUGAAUUGGCAAAAAAUUUAGAUCAUUUACCGCCGGAUAUGAAAGAGAGAGUAAUGAAAGAAAUUAUGAAAAAUUUAAAAAAUCUUGAUCCUAAAGCACAAGCGACAAUACUUCAACAAAUGUUAAAUAAUACGGAUAAUUUAGAUCCAAAAGUAUUAGAAGAAAUUAUGCGAAAUGUUGCUAAUUUAACACCAACAGCUAUAAAAGAAUUAUUAAGAAAAGCUGAUAAACUUCCACCUGACGCACUUAAAGAACUAUUGAAACAUGUUGAUCAAAUACCGGUCUCCGUAUUAGAAGAGUUGAUAAAAAAUGCUGAUCAAUUGGCACCAGAAGUUAUUGCCGCAUUAUUAGCAUCAAAAGAUUUACCGCCAGCAAUUAGAGAAAAAUUACUCAAAGAAAUAAAUAAAAAUAAAAAAUUAAAAGAAAAAUUAAAAUCUCUUGAUCCAUUGACACAAGGUGUUCAAGGUGUUGGAAAAGUUCAACCAAAAGCAAAACCGGACGCAAAAAAACCAAAACUAGAUGUUCCAAAACCAAAAACAGGUUCCGAAAAGAAAAUACGCGAUUUAUAUGAGAAACUAUUUGGAAAAGAUGUAACUGGUCGUCUCGACAUGGAUAUGGAUUUUCUUGCUGGUAUUGAUGAAAGUGAAUUGGAAGAUAUAUUUCAAGAUCCAGAAUUUCUCAAUAUGGAUCCAAAUUUAUCACCAGAAGCACGUAAAAAAUUAAUUGAAGAAAUUCGAAAAAAACGUUCUAAACGACGCAUUGCUGAUGUACCACCACUUUCAAAAGAAAAACUACAAGAUAUUGAGGAUCCACUCGAUUAUUUGUACAAAUACUGCAUAAUACAGUAAGAUUUAGAAUUGUGCUUGGUUUUUUUACUAAACAUUGA